ACAGUUGUAUAAUGGAGGACUGACGUCCCACAAUGCACUGCAUCGUGUCAACUGAUAUUGUACAACGAGUUCCGAGCUGUGUGAGCUACACAAUAAAAGAUCACGGGUACAUUAAGUUGUUUAUGAUCGCGAAGAGUUUGUUGUGUCCGUUAUGAGUGGAAUGAGGACAAUACUGACCUCGCUAGCGAUAGGCGGUAUUGUCGGUAUCGGCUUCGGAAUGUGGGCCAUAGUUGUACCUGGAGAAGAUAGGAAAAGAGAAUUAUUUAAGAGUCUGCCAGAGUCAAAUCCUGCCCGUAUGGAUGAGACGAGGAAGAGAAAUGCCCUCAUGCUUCAGGUUAUCAAGGAUGCUGCAGAAACCCAAGAUAACAUUGCACGUGGAUUUGGCAACCAGAAAUAAUGAAUGUGUGUUUGCACAAAUAUCAGACUUUCAGGUGCCUUUGCCAAUCUGCACGUCGAGGAGGAGGAGAUGAAUGAAGGCUGGCUUAUUUAAUAAACUGAGAUAUUGUUUGCCUAUGCCUGUCAUGAAAACAGAUGUUGCAGAUUGUAUUUAUUUUCGGAAAUUAAUGUAAAUAAAUUAAACCUACAUCAUCGUUGCUCUAUUCAACUGUUUUGUGUAAACUAAAUAAAUGUUGAUUUUUUUUGUAAAUAAAACAUUAAAGUUCCAUGUAAUUUCCUUUUA